AUGCCUGUGACUGCAAGUGACGUUCACUCGGCUUCUUCGCCGUUUGCCGCGUUUCCUAGCCGACGAAGCGUUGUUCACAGUACCAAUGGCAUAGUAGUAUGCACUCAACCUCUGGCUGCUGAAGCAGGUCAGAGGAUCCUGAGACAAGGCGGGAAUGCUGCCGAUGCUGCGGUUGCCGUUGCUGCUGCACUGAAUGUGACUGAACCGCACUCUACCGGAAUUGGAGGUGACAUGUUCUGCCUAUUUUACAAUGCGAAAACCAAGAAAGUUCAUGCCUUGAAUGGUUCUGGACGUAUGCCUGCCGGUGCCUCGCUGGACCGUGUCCGUAAAGCUCUAGGAGACGAUAACAUGACGCAGCUACCCAAGCUGAGCGUUCAUGCUGUCACCGUCCCUGGGACCGCCGCAGGGUGGGUAGACACUGUGGAGAAAUUUGGUAGUGGAAAAGUCUCACUCGAGCAAGUUCUCACGCCUGCCAUAGAGCUUGGGGAGGAAGGAUUUCCUGUGGCUGAGCUGGCGUCAUCAUUCUGGAAAAACGCUGAAGAUAAGAUUUGCAAAGCCAGUCCAAACUUCAAGGAACUUCUCAGGGCCGAUAGCCGGGCAGAAGGUGGCGUUAGGGCUCCUGCUCCCGGAGAAGUGUUCAAGAAUCCAACUCUUGCCCAAACCUUCAGGGCCCUAGCAAGGGAUGGAAAGGAUGGCUUCUACAAAGGGGACGUAGCUAAGGCUAUUGCUCAGAUAGUCCAAGAUAAGGGCGGCUUUUUGACCCUUGACGAUCUCAAGAACCAUGCGGAAAUAGGAAGCCAGGAGGUAGACCCCAUUUCCCUCAAAUUCGACCCUAGCGAUUUCGCCUCUUCCAAAAGGAAGGAAGGCAACGGGGAAGUUGAGCUAUGGGAGCACCCGCCGAAUGGCCAAGGAAUCGUCGCUUUGAUGGCCCUGGGGAUCCUCAAGGAACUGUCUCGUUCCGGGAAGAUUCCUCGUUUCUCAGCUGAUCAGCAUAACACGGCACCCUACCUACAUGCUCUGAUCGAGAGUCUCCGCAUUGCCUUUGCCGAUGCUGCAUGGUGGGUGACCGAUCCCGACGUGGAGAAAGUCCCAGCUCAGCAGCUCAUCUCGUCUGCUUAUCUAGCCGAACGAGCAAAGCUAUUCGAUCCCAGCAGGGUAUCACCCGACAUCAUAGACCAUGGCAGCCCCGCCCAUAACCACAGCGAUACCGUCUACCUCGCUGUCACUGACAAGGAAGGUAAUGGCAUCUCCUUCAUCAACAGCGUUUACGAGGAUUUCGGUACCUGCAUAAUUCCCGCUGGCUGCGGGUUCACCCUUCAAAACCGUGGCGCCAACUUCUCACUCCAAGUGGACCAUCCGAACGUUCUGCAACCCGGGAAACGGCCGUAUCAUACUAUUAUACCUGCCAUGGUUACUAACCCCUCAGACAAUUCCCUGCACACCGUUUACGGCGUCAUGGGUGGUUUCAUGCAGCCGCAGGGCCAUGUCCAGGUACUUUUCAAUACUUUGGCAUUCGACCAUUCCCCACAGGCUGCGUUAGAUGCCCCGAGAUUCUGUAUCGAGGCAGGCAGUAAGGAAAAGGGUCAUGGCCAGGUCGUGUAUUUGGAAGAAGGGAUCAGUGAGUCAGUGGCAGAAGAGCUAAAACGAAUGGGCCACCCGGUUAAAGUCCUGAAAUCGUUCGAGCGAAGCAAGUUUGGGCGUGGACAGAUUAUCAGGUGCCAUACUGACCAGGGAAAGACCGUUUACAGCGCCGGGAGCGAUAUGAGAGGUGACGGCGCGGCUUUUCCAGCAUGA